UGCAGCUAGUACUAGAAUAUUUCUAAGGGGGUCAAUGCAAAGCACACUGAGGAGAUUCUCUGAAAGGAAAUCAUUUUCAUUGAAAGCAAGGCCAGACAGGCCUAAAGUGACCUUCCCAUCAGAAGACCAGUAGAAUGAGAUAACAGUGGGGUUGCAGAUGCUUUUCUACUUCAUAACUCAAGGCCUGCUGAACAGGAUCGUCCUACCCCAGUUCUGUGCAUGUCCAGAUAAAUCACACGACUGUACAUGUGUGUUGCAACAAGUAGCUUAUAGUUCACACAUUGUUAACAGAAGGAAGAACAGAUGAUUCCUAUAUGUCCAGUUGUUUCCUUCACCUAUGUGCCCAGCCGGCUUGGUGAAGAAGCCAAAAUGGCUACUGGCAACUACUUUGGUUUUACCCAUGGUGGUGCAGCCCAGUAUAGCCAACAGCCGGCAUCUGGUGUAGCCUAUUCACAUCCUACAACGGUAGCAAGUUACACAGUACAUCAGGCUCCGGUUGCUGCUCACACUGUUACUGCAGCCUAUGCCCCAGCAGCAGCCACCGUUGCUGUUGCUCGGCCUGCGCCUGUCGCAGUGGCAGCUACUGCAGCUGCCUAUGGGGGAUACCCAACAGCUCACACAGCAACAGAUUAUGGCUACACACAAAGGCAACAGGAAGCUCCACCUCCACCACCCCCUGUCACAACACAGAAUUACCAGGAUUCCUAUUCUUAUGUCAGAUCCACUGCACCUGCUGUAGCAUAUGACAGCAAACAAUAUUACCAGCAGCCAACAGCAACAGCUGCUGCAGUGGCACAACCUCAACCUUCUGUGGCUGAAUCCUAUUACCAGACAGCUCCUUUCGCCUUGUCUCUUCCAGUUGCCCCCAAGGCUGGCUACAGCCAGGGUGCUGCACAAUAUACUCAAGCUCAACAAACUAGGCAGGUGACUGCCAUCAAGCCUGCAAACCCUAGUCCAGCUACUACAACCUUCUCUAUCUAUCCUGUAUCUUCCACUGUGCAGCCUGUACCAGCUGCAGCGACUGUGGUACCGUCAUACACACAAAGUGCUACUUAUAGUACAACUGCUGUUACCUAUUCUGGUGCCUCAUACUCUGGAUAUGAAGCAGCAGUUUAUUCCGCAGCAUCUUCAUACUAUCAACAGCAGCAGCAGCAACAGAAACAGGCGGCAGCAGCUGCGGCUGCUGCAGCUACAGCCGCCUGGACUGGGACCAACUUCACAAAGAAAACACAAUUUCCUAGCAAACAACUAAAACCUAAACAACCCCCCAAACCUCCUCAGAUCCACUAUUGUGAUGUCUGUAAGAUCAGCUGUGCUGGGCCACAGACCUACAAGGAACAUUUAGAAGGGCAGAAACACAAGAAAAAAGAAGCUGCUUUAAAAGCUUCCCAGAAUACAACUAGCAACAACACAGCAGUUCGUGGAACCCAGAACCAGCUCCGCUGUGAGCUUUGUGAUGUUUCUUGUACAGGAGCAGAUGCUUAUGCAGCUCAUAUUCGAGGGGCAAAGCAUCAGAAGGUGGUGAAAUUACAUACCAAACUUGGCAAACCCAUUCCUUCUACUGAACCAAAUGUUGUUAACCAGUCUGUUACCUCUGCUGUGGUUUCCAAAUCAGCUGCCUCUGCAAGUAAUGCACCUAGCACCAAUGGGACUUCGUCUGCUGUAAAAAUUCUAACUUCUAGCUCUGGCACAGGAAGCAGCAGCAAAAUGUCCAGCAUCUCCUCCAACAGCAUUGUCAAGAAGUUAUCUACACCCAAAAUAACCUUUGUUGGUGGCAACAAACUGCAGUCGACCGGGAAUAAAAUGGAUGAAAGCAAAAUGUCAGAUAACUUAAAGGUCUCAUCAAAUUCUACCGUGCAGUCACAAGAUGCAAAGAUGGAUCCAGUCUCAGAUGCUGCUCAGACUCUUGCAGCCCUGCAAAGUGAUGUGCAGCCGGUUGGUCAUGAUUAUGUGGAGGAGGUUCGAAAUGAUGAAGGAAAAGUUAUUCGUUUCCACUGCAAACUGUGUGAGUGCAGCUUUAAUGAUCCCAAUGCAAAAGAGAUGCAUUUAAAAGGAAGAAGGCACAGGCUGCAGUAUAAGAAAAAAGUAAAUCCAGAUUUACAAGUAGAAGUAAAACCCAGUAUAAGAGCUAGAAAGAUCCAAGAAGAGAAGAUGCGGAAACAAAUGCAGAAAGAAGAGUACUGGCGAAGGCGGGAGGAAGAAGAGCGAUGGAGAAUGGAGAUGAGGCGUUAUGAAGAAGAUAUGUACUGGAGGAGGAUGGAAGAAGAACAGCAUCAUUGGGAUGAUCGGAGAAGAGCACCAGAGGGCGGCUACCCACAUGGGCCUCCAGGGCCUCCUGGGUUGUUGGGUGUUAGACCAGGGAUGCCUCCACAACCUCAAGGCCCAGGACCUUUACGAAGGCCAGAUUCAUCUGAUGACCGCUAUGUCAUGACAAAGCAUGCAGCCAUCUAUCCAACAGAGGAUGAAUUGCAGGCAGUUCAAAAAAUUGUCUCUCUAACCGAAAGAGCUCUUAAACUUGUGUCUGACUCUAUGGCUGACCAAGACAAAAGUAAAAGCAAGGAAAGUGAUGAGAAGAAAGACUCUACUAAAGAAAGGGCUCUAAAGGGAGUUUUACGUGUUGGAGUACUGGCCAAGGGGUUGCUCCUGCGUGGAGAUAGGAAUGUUAGCUUGGUUCUACUGUGUUCAGAGAAGCCAACAAGAGCAUUGCUUAACCGUAUUGCAGAAAACUUACCUAAACAACUUUCUGUUAUAAGCCCGGAGAAAUAUGAAGUUAGCUGCUCUAUCCCUGAUUCAGCCAUUAUUUUGAAUUCUUGCGUGGAACCCAAAAUGCAAGUUACAAUAACUUUGACCUCUCCAGUCAUAAGAGAAGAAAACCUGAAGGAUGGAGAUGUAACCUCGGGUAUGGUGAAAGACCCACCGGACGUCUUGGACAGGCAAAAAUGCCUUGACGCUCUGGCUGCUCUACGCCACGCUAAGUGGUUCCAGGCUAGAGCCAAUGGAUUGCAAUCCUGUGUCAUUAUCAUUCGUAUUCUGCGGGACCUAUGCCAACGUGUGCCGACAUGGUCCGACUUCCCUAGCUGGGCCCUGGAAUUGCUUGUAGAGAAGGCAAUAAGUAGCUCUUCAGGACCUCAGAGUCCAGGUGACGCUUUGAGGAGAGUUUUUGAAUGCAUUUCAUCGGGUAUCAUCUUGAAGGGUGGUCCUGGUUUACUGGACCCAUGUGAAAAAGAUCCUUAUGACACACUUGCUACAAUGACAGAUCAGCAACGUGAAGACAUUACCUCCAGCGCUCAGUUUGCACUGAGGCUGCUUGCAUUUCGUCAAAUUCAUAAAGUGCUUGGCAUGGAUCCUUUGUCUCAGAUGAACCAGCGGUUCAGCAUUCACAGUAAUCGCAAGAGGAGACGAGACAGCGAUGGUGUUGACAGCUUUGAAGCAGAGGGAAAGAAAGAUAAAAAAGAUUAUGAUAGCUUGUAAAUUGCACUGUUGUAGAUUUUUGACAAAUCCAUUUCUGUUCAUGAAGGGUUAAUUCACUAACCUCUGUAGCGGGGUAACCUAGUAGUAACCACAAAUAGGAGUAUUAAACAACUGGAGACCUUAUUGAAAGCCACCUUGCUUUAUAAGGUUUCAAAUAUUUGUAUAGAAUGUUCUUGUGUGUUAGCCAUACAUACACUUCCUGCUCUUCUAGAAUAAGGAAUUUAUAAACCUUAUCCUGUCUGUACUCAAGGGCCAGUGAGAAAACUGCAUGUAAAUGAAUGUCCACUCUUUUUAUGUUGAUAGAAUUUAACUGUAUGAAUAGUAGGCCACAGUUUGUCGCCUAUUAUAUUCAAUAAAGUUUUAUUUUGUAUCUGGUAUACUAUUUAAUUUUAAGUUUGCUUUUGUUAGCUCUGUAUUUGGAGUUAUUUAAUGGAUUGUGUAAGGGAGACCCUUCUUUAAUUGUAAUUUACUUUCUUAGAUUUGACCGGAUCCUACACUAAUGACUAAUUUUACUAUUUUGUUUCUGUAAAUUGAUUAUGUAUUUGUUGUGUAAGAAAUCUAACAAGACACUUUUGCCAUUUGAGUUCACAGAAAAUAUUUCUGCAAAUCUUGUGGCAGUUGUCUCAAGUGGUUAGCUAGGUGUAAUAAAGGCAGCUUUCUUUAAGUAUGGUUGCUGUUGUAAUAGCAAAAGGUGAUAUAUAUAUAUAUAUAUAUAUAUAUAUAUCUGAUAUAGCCUUUCAAAAAUGUAUCGGCUACAUACUUGUCAUUACUGCAUGAUAUUUUUGUUUUUAUAGGUUGGCUUUUAAAGCUUGUAUUUUAAGUAUCAAUCCUAUGCUAAUUGUCUAGGUCUUAGUAGGACCAAUGUUUCAGAUGCAGUGAGUUACUCCCUUCUCCAUUGUGAAGGGCAACUAAUCUUUGCAGUGUUUUGCACCCAUUUUGUCAGCUAAGUGCUUUAAUACCAAGUGAGUUGUUCAUUUGACAUCAACUUUGUUAAGAUUUAAUCUGACUUUUGUUAAUUACAGCAACAUUGACUGUUUGGGCUUUAGCUUUGAUGCAUCAUGAGUAGGUUUGCAUCUAGACAAAACAUUAAAAAAAAAAAAAAAAAAAAAAAACGUUGUCCUCUAAUUUUAUAGAAAUCUUCCAGACUGCACAUUUCAUGGAGCUCAGUCUGUUCAUAUACACUAUUGAACCCCUCCUUUUAACGCAGGUUGUAUCUUAAAUAUUUUGCAUUUUAAUCUAUUUAACAUUUUGAGUGUUUCCUACAGUAAAACCAUUGAAGGCGUAACAUAACAGCUUAAUAUUUUCUUGCUUCUUGUAUUUGCAACAAAUGUUAAUUUCCUUGGCGAGCUUAGUUCCAAAACAUAAAGUAUACUGCCCAAAUAAUCAAUAGAGCAUGAAAUACUAAAAGCAGCAGUGCUGAACCACUAAGUAUGUAUUGUUUUUACGUGAACAGUGUUCUUGUCACUGAUGCCCCUUGUGUUUGGUGCAUUUCAGUCUCCACUGACAAUGCAUGCCUUCACAAUCAGUUUUUUUUUUUAUCACACUUCCUUGUUGGCUUUAAACAAUCAUUUUUAAUAGAUGAAAACGUUAAAGGGACAGGAAACACCUUGGUAUUGUAAUAAAAUGUUUAGGUAAGAUUUUGCAAUCUUAAUUAUUUUGUCCCAUUUUCAUGUAAUUAAGCUCUGUAAAAUCAAUAUUUUCCCAUUCACUUAGCUGUGAGUGUACCCUGCUGACUUCUCAAAGCUUGCCCUACUACAUUUGCUUUAACAGAUGACAACUGCAAAACAUUUCGCUUUAUACAGUAACACAGCCUUGUUGGCUUAAAGCCAACAUUGGCUCCUCCAAAUCAGGCAAAUGAUGGGUGGAGUUUGGCUACUGAUUUUUUUUUUUUUUUUAAAUUAUAGUAAACAAGAUGUUUUGUCUUAAAAAUGUUUUUGUUUGUUACAGAAAUAUCUUGCCGUCUUUUUGGUCCCUUUAAAAUAAUAGCUAAUAAGAUAGGAGACCAUUAAGAUGCUUCAUACAUUUGUUAAUCUUCACCAUAGAGGACACAGCAAUUAUUUAAGUAUUCCAGCCAAGGAAACCUUAUUUGUCCUCCUUUUUUUUUCUAUAUUAAAAGCUGAAUAUACUGGCAGUCAUGUAAUGUAGUUGUCAUCAUACUGUUGAUGUAUGCUAUGGUUCAGAUUAUAUGUUGCCACAGCACUGCAGUGAAAUAAAACUAAAAGUUGACAAUCUA